UACAAGGUUCCCGAAAAUGUGAUGUCACAUGAGAACUAUUUAUCGGACUAGUGAUGGAAAUUAGUCAGCUGGCUAUAAUCUAUUUACAAAAAUAAAAAGUCCUGUCUGGAGCACAUGGUGCUGGAAACAUCCUGCUGUCACUUCCAGCUGCUCAACUGUGAUGGAGGCUCCAGAUUCAAACUCACUAAUGAAUCUACAAUCAAAAUCGGGAAAAACAAGCAGGAAAGUGGAGCAGGACCUGGAGUGCAGCGGAGAAGGAGAGCGUGAGGUGGAGAGGGAGGAGGCUGUUCUCAUCAAAAGAGCUCUCAAGUUAAUGAGAGCCCAAAGCCCUCAGACCCCCACAGCUCCACACACAGAAACAGAGAUAAACAAGGAGCCGGAGGGAAACGAACAUGGAUCUGAAAUGACCUGGCGGGAGGAGCUCCGCAGUCGGCAGUUCUGGAGCGCCGUCUUAGCAGAGCUGCUUGGCACCCUGGUGUUAGUGAGCGCCGUGCUGGGCGCCUCUGUUCCAGGGCCCGGCGAGGUCCCCGGGGGGCCCCUGUAUCCAGCGGUGGCAGUGGGUGCGGUCAUUGUUGCACUGGCACACUGCUUUGGAGACAUAAGUGGAGCGCAGGUGAACCCGGCUGUCACGCUGUCCUUGCUGGCCACCCGGAAGCUGGACGCUCUGCGGGCCCUCGUUUACAUGGUGGCUCAGUGUUUGGGGGCCUGUUUAGGGGCCUCGGCCCUCUAUCUGGCUCUGCCGCUCAAAGCCACAGCAGAGCACUUUGUUAACAGGGUUCCUGUAGAUUUGAAUGCAGCGCAGGCUCUGUGCAUCGAGGUUCUGUGCACCUUUCAGAUGGUUUUCACCGUCUUCUCAGUGGAGGAGCAGAGACGGAAGGAGAGCGUGGAACCAGGAAAUCUGGCCAUUGGAUUUUCUCACACUGCUGGAGUGUUAAUAGGGGCUCGUUUCUCUGGUGCCAGUAUGAACCCGGCACGCUCCUUGGGUCCAGCCAUCAUCACUGGAUUCUGGGAAAAUCACUGGGUGUACUGGAUCGGUCCGAUCAUCGGCGCUCUACUGGCCGGAGUGUCCCAUGAGUUCUUCUUCGCCCGCAGCGCCUCUCGCCAGAAACUGGUGGCCUGUUUGACCUGCAAGGACAUUGAGAUCGUUGAGACGGCCAGCAUGACCGGCUCGUCUCUGUCCACAGUGACUCAGAACGCCAUGAGAGCCAAACAUGCCAACAAACAGGAAAGCAACUGAAGACGGACGGUGGUUUAGUCAGGCUUCGAUGGUGAUGAGCGAUGGCAGGAGCUGAGUUACCGACGGUUAAGCUCCUUAAACGUCCUGUGCCAAAAAAACCCACAAAUCAGACUAAUGAUCUGAAGAGUGUUGUGUAAUAAAUAAAAACAAAUCUGAUUAUGAUAGCUGGCUUAAAACAGCUAUCAUAAUAUAAGAGUUUCAUAUCAGUCAAUAUCAAUAAUUACUGAUUAGUUUUUUUUGUUCUAAAUAUCUGAAAUCCUGCCAAACUGGUGGUCUGACGUUUCCUGUUUUUCCCAACAGAUUUUUUUAUUUUAUUUUUAAGCAGUUAGAGGCAAAGUGGUGAAACCUUAAUCUGCUGUAGUGGCAGUUACUCAACAGGUUGUUGCUAGGCAACCACAGGUUACUCAACAGGUUGUUGCUUGGUAGCCAGAGAGCGAGUGAGCUAGUUGAUGCCACCAGUCUUGUUUAUCUAGCAGUGAGAGGUUGAGCGACAAAAGGCUUUCCUCUGCCUACAACCCCCAGAAUGCUGUGCGGUUCUGACUCAGAGUUUGGCGAAGUUAUUGGAGAUUUUAUCAGACUUUCUAUUGAAUUUGACUUUGAAGAAUUUGUCCUUUGACCUUGAAUUUGUCCAUUACCGUCUUGUUUUGGUUAACAACAAUCUUUUUGUAAUUUUCUUAAUUUUAUUUCAAAAUCUUCAAUGGAGAUGAUGGUGGAAAAAGGGAUUUUUACAUCAAAUUAAGAAAACCCAGAGCAUCCUCUUCAUUAGACUCAUUUUUACUGAGAAUCGUAAAACUUCCUAGGCUACAAAAAAUAAAUCAUAUUUAUUUUCAUUUUCACAAUAAAAAAAAGAUAAAACCAUUUAUAUGACACAGGAUAUGUUCUGCCUUUAUUGCCAUGUAUGGGGCUGGAAGCUAAUGUCGCUAGGUUCAGUAUUCUCUUUCACAUAAUCAGAAUAUGUAAAUGAAAAAGGGACAAAUAGAAUCCUGCUGAAUAACGGCCUGAUGUUCCAGAUGCAUCUCGUGUUUGUGAUCGCUUUGAAAUGCUAAAGCGGCUCUUCGCCGGCGCUGUGGGUUCAGUGAUGCUCUCAAACGGUCCGUCCAGGUCUGUCUCUUCUCAUACGGCCUGCUAUUCACAGGCAAAUGGACCUCCAUACCUCUGUUGUGGUCCAACAGGGAGAACAGAUUAAGCUUUGUAAUUUAAAAUGGAAACAAUGGGAGUAUGAGCACAGUUUAAAUGUUUUGUUUUUGUAAAACCUUUAAGAAUUGUUGUUUCUCGGUAUAUGCUGAUAUUGAUCAAAUUUCUGUUAAGAUACUAGCUGUUUUUAUUUCCAGAUUUGCUUCAUAUGACAAACACAAAAAUCUAACUCUUUUACUGAGCCAUUAUGUAACACAAAGCAAUGCAUUAUUGUAAAGAGGAGAGAAAAUGAUGCGCGGUUCCAAGACGGUUUCAGAACCAGCUUUUAUUGCAAUAACAGCUACAAGUCUUUAAGAUGUAUAUUUCUACCACAUCUGCACAUCUAGAGAGAGAAAUGGUUGUUCAUCUUUGGACAACAGCUCAAGCACGUCCCCACGUUUCCAAAUAUCUCAUCUCUGGUUUUAUAAAAUGAUGCAACAAUUUGGGAUGUUUUGCAUUUUAAAUUGUUUAUAUGAGGCUUCUCCUAGUACCAUUUAUGAUGAAUAGUAACUCCAAAAAUCUGAUUUCAUUCACUUUUGUCAUUGGAAUAUUGAUCAUCACAAGACUGGACUUUGCUGUUAUUUGUGUUGCAUAAAAAAGUUAUUUUUUUGUUAUAGUUUUGUGUUAAGUUAUUUAGUUUAUUUCUGAUAAAUCUGAGGAAGCUUUUAAUAUUCUCUUUACCUUUUAUAUCUAGUUGCUUGUGAAAAUCUUCUUCACAUAAAAACCCUCAAGAAUCGAGCAUCAGUGAAUGUUAGAGAUCUGAUUUUUCCAAAAUAACAGAGCACCUUGCUCUCAGAUUCUAAGUUUACUCUCCCAGACACAUUGUCUGCUUUUACUUUUUUACUUUCUGAUAGAGCUAAUAGUCACAGUUGCUGAAAUUACACUGAAAAAAAUGCAACAUCUUAUCAGGUUCUAAUGCAAAUAUUUACGUACAAAUGAGGUAGGACUAAACUAACUUAGAAGUAACUGUUUAGUCAAUAAUUUCUUAAAAUUGAUCAAAAAGUACCAGUUCCAUUGGUAAAUUACUCUUUACUAAUAACUUGGUUCAAAAGUGAAAAAGUCUGCAAGUAGGAACUAGUUCUUUUUAAGUCAAUUUUCAGAUGCUCCUAUGGGAUAAUAACCUCCACAGAUGAUAAAUACACGCUUUGAAUAAGGAAUUGCUGCAGAGUUAACGAGGUGAUGCAACUCAAUGACGACGUGAUCGCUCAGGAGGGAUUGCUGAUUCGAUAGAAAACCUUUCACCAAACUGAACUUCACCGCCUUUUUUAAUGAAUGAUCCAAAUAUAAAUAAUCCAAACUGAACUUGAUUUAUUUAUGAAACUAUUUGAAAAACAUGUAUCCUUUUCCUUCUGCUUCACAAAUUCUUUGUGCUGGUUUGCUACAUGAAUACAUAAAAGUUUGUGGUUGUUACGUGAGAAAAUGUUUAAGCAAAAUGUAUGUAAGACACUGCAUAUGACCGACCCUUUAAAACAAGUCAAUGUUGACGAUUAUUGUAAAAUCUUUAAAUAAAACUCUUGCCAUAAAUGAGCAAUGCUCUUACUGUGUACAUUCUAGUUGCACAUAUGCACACACACUCAGAAAGGCUUGCAGUUUUACAACACACUACAUACAGGAGUUCACACACACAUGCACAAAAUGCACAAUAUCUGCCACAGGACCAGCAUUGUGUGUGUUCUUUCUGACAUGUAUAAAAGGCAGUUAAAACGACAAGAUCAGCGUUCUGCAUUCAUCACCGCCAACACACACACACUCUAACGGCGACGGCUCUCUGCUGCUCGGCUCUGGUGAGCACUGAUGUUACUCAGUGCCGCUUAUCCCCAUCAGCAUGUCUCUACAACACAAACACACACACAAACACACACACACGCAGACUCCACUGUCAUCAGUCAAAGUCUUCUGCCAAACACAGAAACCAGCAAUGCGUUGGUUAUUAACUGGUGGGAUUCUGGUUGACUUUCUGGUUUGCAGCUCUGUUAGCUUUCUUGGCUUCCUUUUUGCACAAAUCACUUUUCUUUAUUAAAUGCUGUUUGAUUUUAACAGGGUUUCAAUCACUUCAAUCAUCACAUUUCAUCUUUAGGUGUGUGUUAUUUUUAGGUUAUUUUUGCUUCUGUUGUUCAUUUUCCAUCUAACUGUCUCUUGCUGUAGCAGAAUCAACCAAAACCCAGAUAGUCAAGUACAGUUUUUAGAUUUUGUUACCAUUUUUAAUCCUCAGCGAUGGUUUAAAUGUCUCUAAAAUAACGGCAAAGUGAAGCUGCAAACAUUCCCCUGAACUUCACUGCAUUUGUAUUUUUGUCUUGUCUCUGAGCAUAUGUAGCGCCCUUGCUUGUUGCAAACAAUGGUUUCACAGGGUCAGGCAUUUCAGUGUUAGCGCUGUUAGCUUUGGGCGCUUCCGUGUGGGGCCCCAACUGUAUUAUCUGCAUGCAUGUGUGUGUGUGUGUGCGUGUGUGCACACAAGCAUGCAUGUCUCUUUGUGCACAAGUGUGUGCUUUCUGCCCUUGUCCAUCAGAAUUUAUAUCUGCACGUUUUGACAGUUAUGAUAUGUCAACAGAUGACAUGUGCCCUCAAGAAAACCUUCUCCUCUGAGUUUCAGCUGUUGCUCCCAGUGGAGGUUCAGCUCCGCUUCUGAUCUGAAUAUACAAAAAUAACCCUUCUUGAUCCUGUCAGUUUUCUGAUUUGAUUUGUUUUUCUAACAUAUACUUCAUCUGA